AGAGGUCAGAGCUGAUAGGGUGGACCCCGGGGGAGGUGCUGGGGUGGGGGUGGGGGCUGAUGCAAGGAUUUAGGGGUGACCCCGCCCCCAGGCAAUCCUCCCAUCUGGCCCAGAAGUAGGACACGGCUCCCCCUGCACCCCCACUGCCUGGGCAGCCUCUCCCACGAGGGGGGACCACGUCAGCCGGGGCGGGGGGGACCGGGAAGGAACCGCCGGCCUCAUUUGUAACAGCUCAGCCGAGCCGAGCGGAAGGGUCUAUGGCGGGCGCCCCGGACCAGGAGGGCUUCUUCGACCUGGUCAGCCACGUGCAGGGAGGCCGCAUGGAGGAGCAGCGGUGCCAGUUGCAAGCCGGGUCCGGGCAGCACCCUGAGAGCCCCCCCGGAACAGAGAGUGGCCCCGCACCCGAGAUGGACAAUCUCAUGGACAUGCUCGCCAGCACCCAAGGCCGUCGCAUGGACGAUCAGCGCGUGACCAUCAGCGCCCUGCCAGGUUUCCAGCCUGUGGGUCCUAAGGACAAAAUGCAGAAACGCCCCGGGACCCUGAGUCCCCAACCCCUGCUUGUGCCCCAGGACCCGAUGGCACUCAGCUUCCGUCGCAACAGCAGUCCCCAACCCCAGACCCAAGGCCCCUGAAGGGCCUGAGUAAGCUGGCCGGGCACCGUCCCCCCCCAACCGGC